UCCGCUCAAUUCGAUCCGACCCUUUAACAAUGGUUGGUCUAACUCCAGCUGAGGAUCGUUCAAAGAUUGCCUUUUUCGACGUCGAGACGACAAUUCCGUUCCGAGUUGGUCAAGGGUACGCGAUUCUAGAGUUUGGAUCGAUCCUGGUUUGCCCCAAGAAGCUUGUGGAGCUUCGAAACUACUCUGUCCUGGUUCGACCCGCUAAUCUCAAGCUCAUCACGCCUCGCUCCGUGAAGUGCAACGGCAUCAAACGAGAAGACGUUGAAUCAGCUCCUACGUUUGCAGAUAUCGCCGAUACUGUUUACGAUAUUCUCCAUGGAAGGAUAUGGGCAGGUCACAACAUAUUGAAGUUUGAUUGUCCAAGGAUAAGAGAAGCAUUUGCUGAGAUUGGACGAGAUCCACCUGAGCCAAAGGGCACUAUUGACUCGUUGGCUUUGCUUACUCAAAGGUUUGGGAGAAGAGCUGGUGAUAUGAAGAUGGCGACUUUGGCUGCAUACUUUGGACUUGGCAACCAGACGCAUAGGAGUCUGGACGAUGUCAGGAUGAAUCUCGAGGUUCUCAAGUAUUGUGCCACUGUUUUGUUCUUGGAGUCCAGUCUUCCAGAUGAACUAAUAGAGAACUCGGUUACUACUACUACUCCAGAAACAAGUUCAAGAAGGCGUAGGAAUAUCAAAACAUCUCCUCUGCAAUCUCCUGCUGAUCAUCAGACAGGAGAGAAUAGUACAACUAUACCUAUUUUAUCAUUUGUUUCAUCCGCAGAAGCUCAAACGGAUCCGUUUGAUAUGAGCACUUUGAGGAACGAAAUAGCCCCAGAGGUUCUUCAAUCAGAUGUUCCCAUGGAAGAAGAACAAAAUCAGCAGUCUGAGACUGUUACCUCUGAGGGUACCUGUGACCAGGAAAGAUUCUUGGAGCUAGAUAAAAUGUCUAUUUCAAGUAUCAGAGCAACUCAUGUCCCAUUAUAUGACGGGAGUCAAACAAUGAAGGUACAGCUCUGCCUUGGGGACAGACCCCUUCAGCUCCAUUGUCCUCAUCUGAAAGUACGGUUUGGAAUCAAUGGGAAAUUUAUGGAUAAAGCUGGGAGACGGAGGUUGAACUUUGUAGUUGAUCUGUAUCCAAGUCUCAGCAACGUACUUCAAGAAUGUGACAAUGCUGCACAGACAAUAUCUGUUGAUUCAGGCAGCGAUUCUGACUGGAACCCUGCGGUCAUUCCAAUGAAAGGAUUUCUGAACUGUCCCACCGCAAGGAUACAUAUACCGACAGAGUUAAAUGGAGAUGUAGACCGGUAUGCAGCUGAGAUACACCAGAAAGAGUUCUCUGGAGCUAUUGCUACUCAGAAACUCAUUUCAAGCAACCCGAAGGCUGGGGAGAUUGAGUCUUUGUUGAAUCCGGGAACUGUUCUCGAUGCUUUCUUGUCUCUGGAGCCAUAUGAUUAUCAGCAGAGAGCUGGAAUUCGUCUAGUUGCUAGAAAGCUUGUUAUACAUUAGUAAACCUUACUCAAUGGCCCACCAUAGAGACUAAAGAAAUCAGAGUUUAGUGGACUGUAGAGAUUUAUUUAUGUAGUCAUGAAAGAAACACACAUAAAUCUUAGUUGUUUUACAAUAACAGACUAUAUAACUACUGCUGUUCCUGACAGUAGAUAUAUAGCUGAUUCUGUUCUUAGUUUCAAAUUACUUGCAAUCCAGAUUUAGAUUUUCAUAUGCUUCUUGUUUGUACCGAAUUUCAUUUGUAGUCUUGUGUCCAUGAGUAAAGAGAGAAGCUUUAA